UCGAAAGCUGUUGCUCUGGCCGGGCGUUGCUCUACAUCUUGUCUAUGAUAUCACCACCAACUCGUUCUUCUCCUCCCGAAAUCGAAACUCGCAAUUCCUCUUAUUACGCCCGAAUCAUCUCUGCCGAAACUUCAUCCGCGACCCAGAACUAUCGUGGCAUUGAUUCAUUUAUUGUGGCUUGCAAACCAAGCAGAACACGUUGUUAUCCGUGGCAUACGCUGAUUGGGUAUGGCGGCUAUCUCAGCGUCCUCAGGACCAACGUCCUUCAAUCACACGGGCGACCCUCAGGACGAAUAUGCAGAUUGGAACCAUGCUUCGCAUAGCCAGCACGAGCCUUCGACAAACCACUCCUUUCCCGACUACGAAGCUUUUGGCUCACCCCAAAACGCAUCAAACUCACAAAACGGGGCCACCGACAGCUUCUUUAAUCUUAGAGACUCUCGCAGCAAUAGCCGUGCUGUAGCCCAGCCAAAGACUAAACGUGCGAACGAUGGCAGUAUUUUAACCUACGACGAUGAAAAUUCAAAAUGGAUUCACCGAGAUAAGUUAGCCAAAAUUGAGAGUCGAGAGCUACAAGAAGCUGGGAUAGUACUUCCAAAGCCCAGGACACAGAGCAGAUCAAGACGAGAUCGUAGCCAUAGUCGUCGGAGGGGUACCACAGAUUCAUCUGAGCAGCAGUAUGUACCAGUCUCUAGAAUGAAUUCCGAUGCUGGUCACGACAAAACGCCAGACCACGAGGUUUCGAGCUGGGAUUUGCGCAGGCCUGAAGAGAUUGCGGAGGACCCUGGUGAAUACUGGGUUUCGAACGAUUCUGGUAGAGGCACACGCAUUCCUGUAGCGAAAGUCAGCCCGGCACCGAUUCCUUCUGACUAUAUUGAUCGAAAUGCCCCCGUGCAACGAAAAACGAGUUUUCCGCCAUUUGAUGACGAGGUGUCCAUCGCGUAUCCAAAGACUAGGUCACGGAGCAAUAGUAGUGCGAAUGCGCUGGAUGACUCGCCCAAAGCACCAUCUGGGAAGCGCUCUUUGACUGAGGGAUCUCCGAGGAAGACUACUACGACGACUCCUCGCAAGACAUCGGCGCCAACAAAGCCAACUACACAAGGCCGGCCUAAGACGAGAUCUGGCCCUACCACUAGAAGUAGUUCUACUACAAGGCCAGCCACUCGUUCGGGCGAACUAUCUCCACGAGCUCCUGAGGGUGAUCCUCCAUGGAUGAUUUCCGCAUACCAACCAGAUCCUCGUUUACCACCGGAUCAACAGCUUCUACCCACGGUUGCAAAAAGGCUACAACAAGAGAAAUGGGAACAAGAAGGUUCGUUUGGGAAUAUUUACGACAAGGAGUUCCGACCCUUGAACAAAGAUACACUUAUAAAACCGCCCGAGGCAGAAAAACACCCUGAUAGUGAAGACCAAGAUGAAUGGCCAUUAAAGCCGGAGGCCAGAGUUCCAACUCCCAAUCGCCCUGGGACAAGUUCGUACUCAACCAUGCCGAAGAUUCAAGACACACCUGCUAUGAACCCCCUAGGCAGCCCGAGAUCGAUGCAACAAGUACAGACCCAAACGACUGCAGCCGUCAAAGUAGUUGAUCCGCCGGCACAAACGGAAGAUGAAAACGGAAAGGAUGGUUGCGGGUGCUGUGUUGUGAUGUGAAUCUCUG